UAAGCACCACACAUGGUUUGCGCUCAGUUUAGUUGAGUUUGGAAUACAGUUACUUUUCAUGAAUAUGCUUUUUUUUUGUGUAUUUUUUAUUUUAUUCUAAUCAAGCAAAUCGGAAGCCUCGAUCUGGCCGUCCAAAUAUAUUAUCAGUAUAAGAAGAACGCAGAAUAAUAAGUAUGGUGAAAAUUUACACGCGAAUAACGUCAACCAAUAUAUUAGAAAACGUUAUUAACACGAUUCAAAAAACAAUUGUGCCGAAACUGCUAGAAAUAUUUUGCGUUGGAUAUCACGGUUCGAAAAAAGCAUAUCAGGGGUGUUAUAGAAACUGACACAGAAUUGCUUAUUUAUCGGAAUGGAAAAUCAUUAUCUGUUUGAAAUGGUGUUAUGAAACAGAAUGGAUUUUGCUUUUUUUGGAGAUAAGCAAAACCAAUAUUCGAAUCAGCUGCCAUUACACUUUUGCAAAAAACCCAGCAAUUAAAUUUGAAUUUUGUGUUGGUAUUAACACAUUUGUGAUAAAUAAAAAUAAGACGACUUCGGCAAAAUAAUAAGCUCAAAAUUGUAAGGAAUAAGGGCAAUCCGCUGGAGCUACCAGACUUGAUAUUUUUGCUCAUAAUGAAAAAAGGAAACUGCGAUGAUACAAAUGAACUACCUAUAAGCGUAAUUUCGAGUGUAAUGAACUGCAUAACCUCAGCCAACAACUUUCAUUGGCUAUCUGGGAGUAAUGGAAAUUUUUCUACAACAGGAGAAAUUGCGAGCAGUAAAGAAACAAUCAUACCAGAAGUUCUGUCCUUGGCUCCUCCGCUAAUGGACUUUGAAGAUGAACUUAUUUGGUUUACUAAUGUAGGAAAGUGCAAUGAGGUUAUAUAUUACGAUAAUUCCAAUUGUAUUGAUGCGUACUCUAAACACCUUUUAACUUUGGCCUUCAGCCAACCUUUGGCACCCCAGGAACAGAAAACUCUGUUGGAAGAGGUCUCGAAGCAUAAAAACAUCGUUUAUCAUAUUGGUCUAACUCCUUCAAAGUUACCGCAGUUAGUUGAGAAUAAUCCACUGAUAUCAAUAGAAAUAUUGCUAAGACUCAUGAAAACUGUAGAAAUAACGGAAUAUUUUAAUGUUUUGGUACAAAUGGAUAUAACGUUACAUUCGAUGGAAGUAGUGAACAGGCUCACCACCUCAGUGGACUUACCUACGGAGUUUAUUCAUUUGUACAUUAGCAAUUGCAUUUCUACAUGCGAAACGGUUAAGGACAAAUAUAUGCAGUCCCGGCUAGUUCGUUUAGUUUGUGUUUUUCUGCAGUCACUAAUCAGAAAUAAAAUAAUUAAUGUCAAGGAACUGCUGAUUGAGAUUGAAGCCUUUUGUGUAGGUUUCAGUCGCAUUAAAGAAGCAGUCGGCUUAUACAGGCUCUUAAAGAACUUAGAGAUUGGCGAACAUGGAUCUAAUGCAACUUCCGGAAGUUUGUCAUAUUCUGCAAGCAAAAAUGAAAGUUUAUCUCCCAAAUAAAUGUUAGCAAAAUAUAAAUAUAUUUCGUCAAUGUUUACAAUUGUUUUUAAAAUAGA